AUGUAAGAGUUAAUUUAAAACAAUCUGAGACAAGAUGUAUAAUCAAUUGAUAAUUCAAAUUUGAGUAAUUUACAAAACUAAAUAAUGUAGGUGAUUAAUUUACAAAGAAAGUGUAAGCCUUAUUAGAAUAUGGAUUAUAUGAUCAAGCAUUUGAAAGAGUGAUGAACAAUAAAUAAUAAAUUUAGGAAAACUUUUAAUUACUAAUAGAACUGUAAGUUAAUUUCAUAAUAGUUUAGAGCAAGGUUAUUUAAUACUUUCAAAUAACACAAAUUGGCUUUAGAAAUAAUUAAGCUAUCAAAUGUAUUUGAUUAAUAAUUGGAUAUGCAUUAAGAUCAAUAGAUAAUCAUUUUCAAAUAAUAUUAUUUAGAGACCCUGGUUGAAUUGGUAGACAUUCAAGAAGCAUUAAAAGAAACUAAAAAUAUUUAUAAUGAAUAAGUAAGAAAGGUAAAAUUAGUACAUAAACCAUAGAUAAUAUAAGAUGAAUUGCAUUUGAUAGAAUCAUAGAAAAGAGGCUAACUGCAUUAAAAUAAUCAUCAACAUCAUCAUGUUAACGACCCUCAUCAUUAAUAAUCAAAUAUGGAAAUUCCUAAAAAUAAAAGAUAGCCUCUAUUCAAACUAAUAGGUCGGAAGACAUAUAUUUUGUUAUUUAUUUUGUUUUUAAUGGUUUCUUAUUCAUUAAAAAGAAGAAAUGAUAUCAAAUAGGUAUUUGAGAAAGCAAAAAUGUUAUUUAGACAAAUAUUAAAUAUAUGA